CUCUAAUAAACUUGGAGAGCUCCUGUCAGCCCCCACACCUCUGGCUCACUGAGGUUUGCUGCUGCUAGCACUGAGGGAGGAGUUAAGUUUGCAUUAAAUAGCAGCCCAGCUGCCUGCAGAGGCUCCGAUCCCACUCUUUAUUCCACAAUGUUUGAUGGCUGAGGAAAAGCCAGCUCCAAAUUCACAUGGCACUUUCUAAACCAAGGACAAAAUUACAUCUGGCUGCCUUGGUUCAUCCUCUCGGAGAAAACCAGGACGAGCUGACUUUGGGGCGGGCAGGCGGCUCUUCACUUCUUGCAGUUUUGGGGCUUUGCGGUCCAGGACCUGCCUGGUUGUGUUCCAGGCUGGUCAUUCCCGGGGCUCCCCUCCCAGCCGGGGGGGCGGGAGCAGCGCAGGCUCCCGGGUGGUGGGCGCUGGUGGGCCAAGGGACAGCUCUGUCCCCCGUCCAUCCCUCGGCAAGUGGACCUGUAGGAAAGGGCUGGCUGCCUCUGCAUGGGAGUGCUCACUGCACUGGGCGGGACUGGAAGCGCAGCCACGGGGGACUGGGCGCAAGGGCUGGACGAGGCUGAAGCAGGCGCUCACCUUCUUCCGACCUCCUCCUUCGACGGCUGAGGAGCUUCGGUCUGCGGCUGUUCCUGCUUCUCUCCUGCGGGGCUCUCUCGCAGCCCAAGAUCUCCCCUGGCUUUGGGUGCUGAAGCGACCGAGCAGCACGUUUUCUCAAAAUGAUGGAAAAUAAAGUGUUCCUGUCAUUUACGUUCUACAGCACAAUUUUGAUUUUAAAAAUGUAUGUCGUUGCCAUCAUUACGGGGCAAGUGAGACUCAGAAAGAAGGCGUUUGCAAACCCGGAGGAUGCCCUGCGCAAUGGGGGGGUGCAGUUCUGCCGCGAGGACCCUGACGUGGAGCGGUGCCGCAGGGCCCACCGCAAUGACAUGGAGAACAUCUUCCCCUUCCUCUUCCUCGGAGCCAUCUACUCCCUGCUGGAUCCCAGUCCUGCAGUGGCCAGGAUCCACUUCCUCAUCUUCUGUGUGGGACGGAUCAUCCACACCAUUGCCUACCUCCUGCGGCUGAGGGCACCCACACGCUCCGUGGCCUACAGUGUGGCCCAGCUGCCCUGCUUCUCCAUGGCCCUGCAGAUCCUCCUGGCCACCACCCCGUACUGGUAACACCCAGAGGGACCGACCACCCGAACCCCCUCAUCCUGACUCUGCUGGUCCCCCCUGCAAGUGGGAGAGAGUGCGUGUGUGUGUGUGUGUGUGUCACCAGGGAUGUCACCGGGGAGGUCAACUGCACCCUGAGGAUGUUCAGUGCAGCCUUGAUAAAAUUCCACUGCCAUCAGAAUUUGUCGGAGAAGUCACCAGAGAGAAGGAUCGUGCAGGAAGGGGAUGUGGAGGCAGGUUUCUCUCUCUCUUGCUGAGGGUGAGAGGUGGAAAGCACAUGGACUACCCCUCGUGGAAGGGGUCAUUGAAGGAAAGGUUUUCUGUGUUUGGAACGGGGAAGAUGUGCCUUUUCCUCUUGGUCAUGAAUACCCCAUGAAUCAGGAAGGGGAAAUCAUGGGGGUCCAACAAAGUCUCUUAGUCAGCAGAUGUGGUUGGUAGCAGAGGUUAUAAAGCAGCCACCCUUCUCCUGCCCAGCCACGUGCAUCUGUGGGGAUGUGAGUCCCUUAGGACUUAGUCCCUUAGGUUCCCUCUCCCACAAGGAGGACAGGAGGCAGGUACCUUCCAGGAAGUGUAACAGGGAAGUCAAAAUCUCAGGGGUGAUGUUGUGAGGCCACUGAAGCGUUCAGUGCUCCCAGUGCCACCUCGUCUCACGCCAUGGGACACAGCUCCCUGCAAGGAGCCUCACUGCAGGCAGGAUCCUGCUAACUCCUGGCAGCUCCCAGCCAGCAGCAGCUGUGGCUUUUCCAUCUCAGCCCCACCACAGCAAGAUGCAGAGCGACAUGCCUGGAGCAGCCAGCAGGAAUCAUUUACCCUGGACACAGAGCCUGGAUACAUUUGCCGGACACAAAGCUCUGGGACUUCUGGAAAGUCUAAAACACUCACACAAAACAGACAAGAGUUUUCUCCCAUAGAGCAGUCAUGUCCACAUGCCACUAAUGCCUGAAAAUGCCUCCAGGGCAUCAGACUGAGUUUCUCCCCCUCUGUUUGCAGCCUUUCUCUGGCCACAGAAGGGCCGUUGCUAUUUGGAAAAUGUGCCAUGAUCGCUUUAGGGGUGUUUUCUUUCAGCUGUUUCCAGCUGUCCACUGCUGCCACGCCAUUCACAGCCCUGACCAGCUGGUGUUUGCAGAAAGCUCUGGAAAUGAGCAGAGGGGCUUUGAAGACAGUAUUGCUGCUCUGUGUCACCCAAAGGUGUCAUGUUGGAGAGGAGAGGUUGGGACCAGGGUAUUGCAUGGUAAAAAAGCCCCAUGAGCUCCUCUGCUACACAGCUGUCCCCAGGUACCAGGGGCUGCUCCCAGCAGCAGCAGCAGCAGCAAUGGAGCAUCCGUCUGGAGGAGAAGACAGGAGUAAAACUCUGCUCUUCAGUGCCUCCUCCCUCCUCUGAGGGCAACACAGAAUUGGACUAAGAUCACAGAGACAAGCCAGAAUGAGUAGAAAAUAAAUUCCCCUUCCAUCUGUCCUGUGCACUGAGGCUGUUCCCUUGACUGCUCUCCUCAGAGAUGCUUUUUUUGAGACCUCACUGAGCACUGGGGACACACCUGCUCAGAGUGAUGCUCAGCCCUUGCUCAGCUCGGGUAGAAGUUUCUGUACCAGUAACUCCUGAUCCCAGUGCAGUUGUGGCCUCAGGCCGAGCUGUGUGGUGAAGUUUGGAGUGGAAUGCCUUGCUCUCCCACUGUGAGGAAGGUGGGCAGGAUUGCAGGUUCAGUAGUUCACUCUUGGCCACUUCUCCGUCACAAAGAUGUCUGGGUAACACAGACCCUUCUUAACAAGUCUUUUCUGCCUCACAGGGUGCACAAGAUCUUGAACCCCUGUAUGUUUCUCUGCUGCUGCACAUGCAUCCUAGUGGCAGGAAGCAAAUAUUCCCAAUAAAAACAAAUCAUUGUGCUCUGAUACAUCGUUCCUUCGGGAGCAGCAGAUGCAGCUGGGCAGCAGCUGGGUCCAUCCUCAGCAGGAUGUUAAACCCCACUGUAGAGCCUGGAGUGCCCUGGGACUUCUAAAGAGGCAUCCCCUUCCUCUGCACUCACGUGCCCUGCAGAGGAACCUCUUUUCCAGGUGUGCAUUAUUUGUGCUGAUCCUUUAAAUUCAGCAGAGCUGGGAAUUACAAGCAGCUCUGUUCAGUUUUCCUUCCCUGAGCAGCAAAUUGUUACAAAGCUUGGUGUUCACUCAAAAAUCCUGGAGGGCUGGAGAAGCUCAGGUAAGAUGUGGUUGCUCUUCUUUCUGUUCUUAGGACUUGUAAAGGAGCUGGUUGUAUUUUCCAAGAUAAGUAUCCCCCUUUUUUUGCACUAGGUUGCUGGGAAACAAAUGCCUCAUUUCUCUGGGUUUCCCCUAUUUUCUUAAGUUGUUAAGUGUUUGGGAGGUGCUGCCCGUCAUGUCUGUGUUAGUUUGAUAAAAUGGCUCCGCUUGGUUCUUUUCUUUCCCUUUUUGUUUUCAAAUAAGAAAGACAGUGGUUUUACAAAAUGGACUCUCUCCAGUACAUGUUGCUGUGGUUGGAGAUGUGGCUGGGAUGGAGAUUUUGGCAUGGGAAGGAGGAAGGAAGGCUACAAAAUGCCCUUCCAGCCCCCAGAUCUGCCAGCUGCUUCAGCCUCUUCUCGGCUGCCUGUCCAGUGCCUGAGGCUGAUGCCCUGUUCAGGGAAGCUGAGGUUACAUGCAAAGCUCUGCUUUCUUCUUUUUUAUUAAAAAAAAAAUAAACUCUGCUUACUGGCUGCAGGGAAAAGCUUGGGAAUGUGAACUCUCCUGGCUCAAAAAAAAACAAACAGAAAAAGCCUACAAGGCAAACUUGAGAGAGGCCCAAGCAUUGCACUUAUUUUGAAGUGUUGUGGAAGUUUGGGGGAAGCAGGACUGAGCUGGGCUCGGUUGCUUUGGUAGCAUCAGUCCCAUCAGGGCUCUCCUGGGACUAGGUGAUCAGAGCCAGUGGCUCUCCCCCUGGACACUGCCAGUGGUGUUUGCUGCAUAUGGGGGGCAUCCCUGCCUUUUCCCAAUUAAUAUUGAAAGCCUAGAGCUCCCAAAUUCCUGCUCUGGCAUCUGUGUGGGCAAAGAAUGUGCCCAGGAGAGCAGAGACAGUGGCUGCACCCAGCAGUCUCUGGGUUUGGUGUGUGCGUUGUAUGUCCAACAACUUGUUUUUCACACCUGGCUCAAACAGGAAUUGGCAGCACUCUGAAACCCACCUGGGACUGCAGAACGACAGUUUGGUGCUUAAAUAGGUACAAAUUGAAAGAGGAGGAAUUUAAGUUAGACAUUAGGAAGAAAUUUUUUACUGUGAGGGUUACUUACACUGGUACAAGCUGCCCACAGAGGCUGUGGAUCCCAGCCCUGGCAGAGUUCAAAGCCAGGUUGGAUGAGACCUUGAGCAACUUUGGUCUAAUGCAAGCUGUCCCUGCCCACGGCAGGAUGGGUUGGGAGUAGAUGAUCUUUAAGGUCCAUUCCGCCCCCUUCUGUGGUACAACGUGUGAAUGUGAUUCACACAACCAGUACGUGUCUUCCCUCAAGGUGUCUGGAGCUGGGAGAAAAGCAAGUGGAGACCCAGCACAAGUCACUUCCCCUCCCACACUCUUUUAGGUGGCUCAAGCCUCUGGAUCCCUCCUACCCCUGAGCACAGGACACACCUCUUCCUUACCUGCCUGCACCACUUCCUGGGUCUCUCCAUCCAGACCUUCCCCUGGUGGCCUCUGGACCAAGAUUCCUGCUUGGGCAGCUCUCCUUUAACUGAGAUCACACUCUUCCUUUUCUGCCCUCCCAAAAUCUCCCAUUCCCUCUAGCAGAUGGGAUUUUGAUACACAAAUCCUCUUACUCCUCUUGAAGAACUGAGAUUCCUGUGACUUGUAGAGAGAAUGAGAGGAGCCAGCUCUACAGGCAUAGGCAUCCCAGAAGGAGAAGAUAACGGUGCUUCCCUGCUGCUCUCUGGCACAUGAGGAUGAAGUUGGCACCGGUAAAACUUUUUCCAGCGGGCGUUUUCCAUUCCGACUGUGGGGCUGAGCUGUGAGACGUCCCCUGCUUCAUACGUGGGGGCGAGCCCCGGAUAGGGGGGAGGGAGCCGGCCGGGUGCGGAGCAGAGCAGCGCGAUGGGGGCUCGCCCUCGGCCCGCCGGGUUCCGCGGGCUGCGCUGCGCUGCGCGGGGCUGCAGCACCCUCGUGUGGCUGCGGGACCCUGCGGGGGGACUCGGGGACCCUGCCCGGGGACCCGCGCCCACGGAUUCUCUCCCCCCACGUCUGCUGGCCAGAGAGCUUGGGGUGCAGCUGGAGGUGUUUGGGGUGGAGGGAGGGUGCCAUUCCUUGGGGAACGCGUUGAGGGGGAGUAGGCUGUGGCUGCUCUAGUGCCCAUCAGCGUCUCCAAAGCAGGCAGAUGUAAUGCCAGAUCCAGGGAGAUCCUCCCAUCACCUCAGACUUGCCCUUUGGCAGUCACCUGGUUGAAAACAGACUGGUUUGAGGAAGGAAACAGUUUGCAAAUGUCCUUGCAAACUUUCCCUGCUUCUGAAGUUGUGGUGUAUGGAUGCAACGCUGUGCAUCUCCAUGCAAUAGUUCUUCCUUAUACAUGGUAACUUCCUGGGCUUUGUGAUGCCAGCUACAAAAGGAACCUUUGCUUCCUCCCUUCUCCCCGAGUAAUUAUAAAGCAUUACAGCCCCUGUGGAUAGUUACCAUCCAGCUUCUCUGCUGCCUUAGGUUGCUUCCCUGUGGGGUUGGAAAGAAUCAGCAGUGAGCAAAAUAUCUGCCGCAGGGAGGAGAUGCUCCUUCCAUAUGGAAUGUAGAGUUUGGGGUGAGCAUCGCAACCCCCAGGACAGGAGCAUUGCUCCAAAGGGCAGGAGGGGCUCGGCUGCUGGGAGGUGACACGAUGCUGUCAUGGGAACAUGUGUUUCUGCAGUUCGUAGAUGGUGCCAGCAAGAGGGUCUUCAGACCUUCCUGUUGCCACCAGAGGGAGAAGGGCUCAGCAGUACAACGGUAAUGGGAAAGGAGGAUGCUGUAACCACAAUAUGUCUGUAAUUCAUUCUGGAUGGGGAUAACCAGGCUGGUGUCCCUGUGAGCUGGAAAAUGUGAGCUCUGUUUUGUCUUGCUGCUGUGGCAGCCGAUGCUGAUGACAACAUAAAAUUGUUCUCAUUAAAAUAUUCUAGGGGCAAACUUCAGCUUUUCAUCAGUCAGCAAGUCAUGCACAAGUGUCAGGCUGUGGGGUCAGAGACAAGGAAAGGGGGUCCAGGAAGAUCCUUCCAUCACCUGAGAUCUGCCCUUUUGGAAUCACCUGGUUGAAACCAACUGCUUUGAGGAAGGAAACAGUUUGCAAAUGUCUUUGCAACCUUCCCCCACUCCCAAAGUUGUGGUGCAUGGAUGGAGACCAGCUCUCCUGCUGAAAUUAGUACUGGUGAUGGAUGUGCCCUUCCUAGGAGGAAAAAUGCCCCUAUCCUGGAAGAGGAGUGGUUGCACAAUGUCUUUGAGCUCCUCUUCAUUGACAGCCUUCCCCCAGUGCUUCCCUUCCCUGUGGAGUGCAGACCCUGCCAGGUGAGCUGCAGCUCUCCAUGCUUGUCUGUCUCCUGGUUUGUGGACCCCUCAGAUGUCCAUCAGCUCCUGGGAGCUGACUGACCAUGGGUUGGGACCUUCUGCUCUAGUGGGAGAUGAACUGAAGUUGGGACAGUUCAGGCAGGAAAUAAGUGACAUAUUUCCAGCAGUCAACAGUAAUGAGUCACUGGAGGAAUCUGCCCUGGGAGCUGUAAGCUCAUCAAUUCCAAGGGUCUUUUGACUCGGGGCUGGAUGCUCUCCAAAGGGAUGCUCUGCACUGGCCACAUGCUGAGGAUGAGGAUGCUGCUUGGGUGAUAUUCUUUAUGCAGGAGGUUGGACAAUUGGCCUUAAUGAUCUACAAACCACUUACUGAAUGAAUAAAUAAAUGGUUAAAAAGCAGCAGCAGAGCAGUUUGAUAGGGAUGGUCAAGUGUCUGGGACUGUGGUGGGCCUGGAGUGAUGCCCAACAUGGGGACCUGCUCUUGCUGGGUGCUGCAGGGAUGAAAUGGGAUGAGCCUUGUUCCCUUCUAGGGAAAGCUGGAAUGUGUUGUUUAGGGGUCCUUCCUUCCUCAACCUUGCAAUCCACAGGAUCCAUGUGUCCCACAAGCCACCGGUGAUGGGAGGAACAAAGGUUGCUGCUGGGAGGGAGCUGAUCCUGUGGCUCACGGAGCUGAGCCCCUCUGGGUGUGUGCGAUAGCACUUUCUGCCUUGCUCUCUAAUCCUUUCCUAGCGAUUCCUGCCACUUGACUUGCUGCCUUUCAGUCUGCACUGGGCAGUUUCAAACUGCACUGGGCAUUUUCCCCUGGGCACAUCUUCCCAUUUCUCCACAUUGCAUUAAAUCUGCUGCUUGAUAGCUCAACACUGUGAGCUCCUGGAGCGCUGUUUAACUUUGGCUGCCUCGACUAUUUGGUAUCACCUUUGCCUGACCACUGACUCCCCCUGUUUCGGUGCUCGGUGCCUGCUCUGCACCUGUAGGCCUUUGCUCUCUGGAAAGUGCUCUACAAUCUGAUGGUUUAUUCCUAUCCUUAUUCCUAUUCCUACACAGCUCAAUUUCUGUGUAGAAUCUGACCCUUCUUGCUGCCUCUUACUUCAAUUUCUGCCCAGGCUUCUUGUCCAGGGCAGGUGGGGAAACCACAGUGGCUGCUGAUGAAGAGUCACAUCCCUAUCACAUGCACUGACACGUCUCUACUCAGUAAAAUAUUUAUUCCUCCAUUAUUUCACAAGAGUUGUUUUUACAAAAACCUUACAAAAAUUUCCAAAACACAGACAUGCAGAAGAAAAAAACAAAUCCACCAUGGAUCUUGUUACAAGUAAUUGAAAUGUACAAAUAGAAAGGGCGAGAGAGAGCUUAGAUUACAAUAAUCCCUCGGUCCUGCUACCCCUCCAUGGGUGCAAUUUGUAUCUCUUCUUGGUGAGUUCAGCAUUGAGUGACAAGCUGUGAUAAGCUGCCAAAAGCACAGCAAAGGAGGGGGCCUAAGAUUAGGAGCAAAUGUUUUCAAAUAUAUAUAUACAUAUAGAUAUUUAGUGAAGAAAUAUUUAUUCCCUGCUUUUUUUAGGUUUACAGAAACAGCAUCUGCAAACUAUUAAAUGGGUUUAUUUUCAUUAAUGUUCUCAAAGAGGCAGUGACAUUUAUAUCCCUGUGGUUUCAUCUUGUAUAACCGAAAAAAGAGCCUUGUGCUUUCCAUGGGAAUAGGACCCUCCCGGCCUCCUCCUCCUGCCCCAAGUGGUGUUUCUUAGGGAGGAUGAUUUGAUCCACAGUGGAUCCCUCUCCCCCCUGGCUUGGCAGGUCUCUGUGCAGUGUGGGGAGCUGCGUGCUCUUCUUCUGGCAUGACAAAUGGGAGGGAUACCAGCCCUGGAAAUGUGGAUGGGGGCAGAGGGUGGGUAUUUAGGGUGACACUGCUCCCUGGAUGAGGUGGACAGCGUCAAUCAGGCUGUGCCCUCUCCCUGCCUGCCAAGCUUGAGGAGGAGAAGGUAACUAUUCCCAACUAGGGGCUGCACUGUGGAGCAGAGAAAGCAGGGGCUGGAGGCAGGAUGGAGGGUGGUUCACCCCCAGCAAGAGGAGAUAGGCUCCUCUCCUGGUUCUCCCACCAGGUCUGGGUGGAGCUCCAGGUGGUGGGUGAGUCCCCCCCAGGCUGGCAUUGCCCUGCAGUGCAGCUGAAGGCUCCAGUGUCACAGCCACUGGGUCCCACAUGCAGCUGCAGUGAGAGCCCCAGUGGGAAUGGGAGAGGAUGCUCCUGGGAGCUGUGGGGACUCAGGUGGGCACUCUGUAGCUGUGACACUUUCAGCCUUGGUGUCACUGAGCAGAGGAUGUUUACGUGGAGGAGGCACUUCAGCAAUUACUCUAUUUGUCCUCAGAUCUAUUGCUGCAGCCCCCAAACCAACCCCUUCUAGGGAAGUAGGGCUGGUGUCUUCACUGUCCAGGCCACCCCUCUGAGUUGGUGGUAUCCCCAUGCUUGGCUGGUGGCUCUUUCCAGUGGGUGAGGAAAGGGUGGUCUGGUUUCCAGUGGGCUUUGUCCACAGGGACACCACACCCCCACCACUCCGGCUCAUUCCCCAUUGCUGCGGAAUUGGCAGGGGAAGGUGGAGGCUGCGUCUCUCCGCAGCUCAGUCCCAUGGGCUGGGGCCAGGUUGCCCACCCCGUGUCCAUCCCCCUGCACAUCCCACCUUGGAGCCUCAUUAGGCUGCACAGCAGGGUGGGAUGAGGGGGAAACCAUUUCCUUUCUGCAAAACCAAAAAAGCCUCCCCCAUGGAGUUGCCGGUCCCAGACCCCCGAGCACAUCUGCGGAGCUGCCGACGGGGAGGCUGUGCCUCCGGAAGGCGAAGCCUUCGUUGGCACGAAGCACUGGGAGCCGCCUACUCAGCUGAAACCCAACAGCUUUUUCCAAUUUUCUCUCUCCCUGGGACGGUUCAAUGACCUGGGGCUCUGCAGAAUCACUGGCAAAUCCACCGAGGCAGGGCAGCGGUGCCUGCAUGGGGAUUGGCAAUGCAUCCCCAGCUCACAGGAGAGCUCAGAGGCUCCAAGCAGGUCUGUUGAGAUGCUCCAGCUCUGCCUGCCCCUCUGGGAAGGGACAAAGCCUGAUGCCAUCAGCAUAGGCAGCUCCUAAAUGCAGGCAGCACAGUGCAGAGGGCUGGCCUAGACUGGCCAUGGCAUGGGUGAGCCAUCAGCUUCCCAAAGUCCCAAACUUUAGGAAGUCCUAAACCCCACACUGCGGCUGGGGUUGCACAAAGAAAUGAACACAUGGAUCAGCUUUGGCACGCACAGUUGAGCGCCGCAAGUCACAGCCCGGUGGAAAGAGGGGCUCAUGAUCCUCCCACGCUGUCCCUGCGGGAGGAGAAGACCCAAUAACUCUUUGGCUCUCUGGGCAAGAUACCCAAAUUGGUCAAAUCCAAUAGUCCAAGAUCCUUCCAUGUUUGGAAGCAAAUUCUUGUUCCCUUGGCAAGUCUGUUUGUCCUCAAAGAGCGCGUGGGGGGUAUGUGUGUAUAUAUAGCCGUUAUUAUAAGGGUGUGCGAAAAGCAAGUUUCUAACCAAGUUCGCUCCAUAUGUGGCUAUAAUUAUGUGCCACUUCGGCCUGGGACUGACUCUACCUUCAGAAGGGAAGGGAAGAGGAGAGAAGAUGCGGAGACAUUGGAUGAGUGGCAUGUGUGUUGGGCAGGCAGCGGAUUUGUCCUGGACCGGCACAGGAGCUCCACGCUGUAUCCUGGAGGAGGCCAUGGGAUGGGGUUUGCCCUGCUCAGUUCACGGUCGGCACCUGGUUCUGAUGGAGGCUGAACUCUUUGGCUUUGAGGCGCAGGCUGGCGAUGCUGUUGGCCAUGUUCACCCCUUGGGUGGGUGUUGCGGUCCCGCUGGAGCUGUAGGAGGGCACAGUGCUGCGGGGAGGGAGCAGGGAGGAAUGAGGCAAUAGCCCAUGGAGAAGUCCCCAUGCCCUUUGUGGUCCUGCUGGUUUCCUGGGCCAGGCUGGCUGCUCCCUCUUGGAGAUCUCUCACAAGAACAGCCAAGGCUUCAGCAUUGUUAUGUGCUUGGAUGUGGGAACCCCUCAAACUAUGCACCAGGAGGCCCUGCUUUGUGCUUUUGGAUGUGAUGACUGAACAUGAACAGCUGGGAACCAGAAGGGACCCAUGCCACCUCCUGUGCUGAGAUGUGGGAAGGGUCAGCACGAGGCCAAGCAAAUCCCUUGCGAGGACCAGGGUGCCUGCUCCGGCCCCGAAAUGCAAGGAGGCAGGGAAGCCUGCUCAGCGCUGGGCAGCGGAUGCUCAGACAGGGUUGAAAUGGUUCCCAAGGCCAAGUCAGACGAGUUCCUUUCAGCCUCAUAAAACUCCCCAAAUCCCCAGCAGUGGUACAGGGCUGCAUUCCUGUGGCAGUGGAGUGGUCUCUAGGCAGCCCUGCCCCACAGCCACCUCCUCCUCAGCUCCUCCAGAGCCUCCACCUACCUGUAUGGGGAGGUGCUGGUCCAAGAGAGAUAUUCCGGGGUCAGUGCAGUGGGCCGUGGUGCCAUGGGCUGCUCAAUGGCUGCUUCUUGGCUGUAGGAUUUGAGCAGCGAUGCCGAUCUGUUGGCCAGCAUCGCCCUCUCAUUACGGCGGAACUUGGCCCUCCGGUUCUGAAACCACACCUGUGGCAGGGGGAAAGGUGGUCAGUGGGGACCCAGUGUGAGCAGGGAUGUCCCAAGCAUCUGUCCUAUGGAUCAUGGUGAUGUGCAGGAUGGAACAAGGGAGGGGACAGUCCCUGCUCCUGCCUGGGGGCAAGGCAGAGGGUGUUGUUUUCUCCCACACAAACCUGUGCUCACCUGGACUCUGGCCUCGCUGAGGUUGACCCUUCUCGCCAGCUCCUCCCGCACAAAGGCGUCGGGGUAGUGCGUCCUCUCGAAGACCCUCUCCAGAGCCUGCAGCUGGCUGCUGUUGAAGGUGGUGCGGUUCCUCCUCUGCUUCUUCUUCCUCUUGGCUGCCCCGCAGCUUGGGCUCAGGCUCUCACCUGUGGGGAAAGAACAGAAGCCAAAUGAGAGCCAGACCUCUGUGAGACCCCACAACUCAACCAAGCUCAAGCCCUCCUGGGGGUCUGCACUGCCCUGCUCUGUGCCAGCCAUGCUCCCUCCAGGCACCAGGGACUCUGUGGGGAGCAGCAUUAUGUGCAACCCUGUGAUGUCCAUGAGAAUCAAAACCUAUUUUGGGACCUGCUGGAGCUUAGGGUUAACCCCAAAAUUUACCAAGGCCUGUGGUGGUUUCACAUCUGGCUCAAACCAUGUGGACCUGAUUUUGAAUACAGGUCUCAGUGUAUCCUGGGGCUGCACUUGAUCCAAACUGGGGCUCGGCUCUUACUAAGACUUUAAGUCAAGCUUUUAUGAACGGUGAUGAAAAUGAAGCACCGAAAAACCCCCAAGAUGCAGGUCUCAGCUCCCACCUCCAGCAACCCCCCGAGGCCCCAGCUGUGGCAUGUCCCCAAGGUGACACAGGACUGCAGCCAAGCAUCUGCUCUUCCAGCCGUGGUCUUCAGAGCUCAGAACGAGCAGCACCGUGUCUCGCAGGGCUCAGCCUCCGCAGUGUUUAUUUCUGGCUUUGCUGGCUCAUGGAAACAUGAAGCUGAGGGUGUAGUUUGGUUUCUCAGUAUUGAUCUUGGGCUGUCAGCCAAGCUGAGAUUAAUCUCUUCUUUGUCACUAAUAUCAUAAGGUUUGGGCAAGUUUAUGAAGUCUUUUUCCGAGACACCCAGUCAGUUGCCUGCAAAGGCUUCAUGGGGAGCACGACUCGCUGUCGUUCUCCCUCAUGGAGGUACUGGUUAAUGAUUCUUUCUGUUAAUAAAGCAUCUGGAUCCAAUCUGUACCUACUGGUGGGAAAGCAUUUUGGAAUUACUUGAAAUGUUAAUAAUUUUAUGACAUUCUGAUUCAUGGCAGGGGUAUUUCUGCUCUAUAUCAUUACAGAGGCCAGGGUGGCAGAACUCACCACUCCCUGAGUAUGCUCACAAAUUAAAUGCUUGCUAAUAAUAUUGUGAUACUUAUUUAAUAAGUGCAGCAUUUUCAGAUCAUACUUGAGCAACACACAAAAUCUACUGAAAGGGAUAUUAACUCUUCUGUUUCUAGACACCAUCAAGCUGUUGAGCAGGAGGAAACUACAGGCUCCAAGAUCUUUAAGGCCAGAAAAACCUUCUUGGACCUUAACUCUGAAUAAUUCAAGCCAUGAAACACCCAACAAUAAGUUUUCAAUCAAGUACCUAAGACCCCUAUGUGCCCAACUACACCGCUCUCCCAAGACCUCUCUGCAGCCACUGGCAUUUCUCUGGGUCUUUUAUUAUGCUGUAGGUGCAAUUUGGCCUUGGUUGACCAUCAACAAUCUGUGCUCUUGUACUUUGGCCAUGGCCUUCUUUGUUGGGUAAAGACACGAUGGACAGUGCCUGAAAUAUGCAUGGGUUUGAGGCCCUUUCCCCGGCCAGGAAACCACAGGCUGCACUUCGCCACCGAUCGUGUUUAAAGGCUCACAAAUAAAAUUCUCAGAAUUCCCUCCAGCACUUGUUCCUGCAGCUUCAAAUGUUCUGCCAGUCUCUGCUUUCCAGUUGCCCUUUUUAGUUAAACUCCUUUUUUGGUCCUGUUUUCCUUCAGCGAGCUAAUGAGCUGCUGGAUUAAAAUACAUGAAGUCUA